AUGGAGAACUUCAUUGUCGGUAUCAUCGGUAUGGGUGAUAUGGGCAAAAUGUAUGCUCGGAGGCUCAGCGAUGCUGGUUGGAAGAUUAAGGCUUGUGAUAAAGAGGACCAAUAUGAGGAUCUUUGUGAAGAGUUUUCGAGCAGGACCAAUAUACAAAUUCUCCGAAAUGGUCAUCUAGUGUCUCGAGCUAGUGACUACAUUAUCUACAGCGUAGAAGCCGCGGCAAUUAGUCGUGUCGUUGCCGAGUAUGGCCCUUCAACUAAACAGAAUGCCAUCGUGGGUGGCCAGACAUCCUGCAAGGACCCUGAAAUCAAGGCAUUCGAGAAUCAUCUCCCCUCAGACGUGGAUAUAGUGUCCUGCCAUUCUCUGCACGGCCCCAAAGUGGACACCAAGGAUCAACCUCUGGUUCUUAUUAAACACCGCGCUUCCGAUAACUCGUUUAGCAAAGUCGAAACUGUUCUCAAGUGUCUACAGUCCAAGCACGUAUACCUUACAGCGAACGAGCAUGACCGUAUCACAGCGGACACCCAGGCCGUCACACAUGCCGCCUUCCUCAGCAUGGGCAAGGCAUGGCAUUCGUCACGGCAAUUCCCCUGGGAGGGUGCACGCUAUGUUGGCGGGAUCGAGAACGUAAAGAUUAACCUAACCAUGCGCAUUUACAGCCAGAAAUGGCACGUAUAUGCAGGUCUCGCAAUCCUUAAUCCGGAGGCCCGUAAGCAGAUCAACCAGUACGCCGAGUCGGUGACGGAGCUCUACAAGCUCAUGCUAGGCGGCCACCACGCCGAGCUCCGGGCGCGUGUCCUCCAGGCCAAGGAGAAGGUCUUCGGGUCCGACGACGCAUCCGCCAAGUGGGCGGACAAGCCGCUGCUCCGCGAUGCCGUGCUCGACCAGUUCAGCGUCGGCCCCCGCGCCGCCGAUCUGGCGCCCCUGCCUAACAACCACCUCAGCCUGCUCGCCAUGGUCGACUGCUGGAGCGCGCUCGGCAUCGUGCCGUACGACCACAUGAUCUGCAGCACGCCGCUUUUCCGACUCUGGCUCGGCGUCACGGAGAACCUGUUCCGCAACCCGGCGCGUCUCGACGAAGCGCUGCGCGUCGCUGUAGAGGACAGCACUUUCCGCAGCGAGGAUCUCGAGUUCACGUUCGCGGCGCGCGGAUGGGCCGAGUGCGUUGGGCUCGGGCACUUCGAGACCUGGAAGGAGAGGUUCAUUGACACACAGCGCUUUUUCGAGCCCCGGUUUGCCGAGGCCGUUGAAGUCGGGAAUGCCAUGGUGAAGGUAUUGGCGAGCACCAAGUAA